AUGUGUUUUGUCUUAGCACCAUUACUACGCAGUGCAAAUCUGAGUGCUAAUGCAAAAUGGAUACGAAAUGGUGUCACUGUAGCUGGAGGAAAUGAAGGAGGCGAUGAAAUGAGCCAACUCUACUAUCCGUGGGGUCUGUGUGUUGAUGAUGAUCAAACUAUCUACAUUUCUGACCAUAACAAUCAUCGUAUUGUGCAAUGGAAAUGUGGUGCUACAACCGGUCGAAUUGUAGCUGGUGGAAAUGGACAAGGAAAUCGUUCUGAUCAGUUAAACGGUCCAUAUGAUAUCAUGAUCGAUAAAGAAGGAAAUAGUCUUAUUAUUUGUGAUUAUGGCAACAAAAGAGUAGUUCGAUGGCCUCGUCAAUUUGCUACAAAUGGAGAAACGAUCAUCUCAGAUGUUGCAUGUAUUGGUUUGACAAUAGAUGAUGAUGGGUUUCUCUAUAUUGUUGAUAACGAUAAACAUGAAGUUAGAAGAUAUCAAACAGGAGAAAGUCAAGGAACAGUAGUUGCAGGUGGAAAUGGACCAGGAAAUGGACUCGAUCAGUUGAAUUGUCCGAGAUACGUAUUCGUCGAUCGAGAUCAUACAGUCUACGUAUCGGAUAUGAUAAAUCAUCGUGUGAUGAAGUGGAUAGAAGGUUCAAAACAAGGCAUUGUUGUAGCUGGCGGUCAAGGUCAAGGAAAUAAACUGACACAGCUAUCAAAUCCUUAUGGAAUUGUUGUGGAUCAAUCAAGUAGCGUGUAUAUAGCUGAUUAUUCGAAUCAUCGAAUAAUGCGUUGGACUCAAGAAGCUACACAAGGAAAUAUCAUGAUUGGUGGAAAUGGUUCUGGAAAUCAAUCGAAUCAAAUCUUUGGUCCCAUCGGUCUAUCAUUUGAUCAAGAGGGCAAUCUCUACGUGAGUGAUAAUGGAAACCAUCGAGUACAAAAAUUUAACAUUGAUCGACAUUGA